AUGGCAUUUCGUGGACAUGAUGAAUCUGAAGAUUCAAACAAUCAAGGAAACUUUCUUGAACUGUUGCAUUGUUUCUUCUCAAUUUUAGUUGAUGAAUCUCGAGAUACUUCUAUGAAAGAGCAAAUGUCAGUUGUCAUUCGUUAUGUGAAGAAUGCGUGUAUAUUGGAACAUUUUAUUGGUGUCAUUCAUGUUUUGAAUACCACAGCUGCCUCACUUAAGGCUGCAAUUGAUCAGUUAUUCUCAACGUAUAGUUUAAUCAUAUCUAAUUUAAGAGGCCAGGGAUAUGAUGGAACUAGUAACAUGCGAGGUGAGUAUAAUGGCCUCAAAGCACUUAUUUUGAAAGAAAAUCCAAGUGCUUACUAUAUUCAUUGCUUUGCUCAUCAACUUCAAUUAGCUCUUGUAGCCGUGGCACAGAAACAUCCGAAGAUUGAAACUUUCUUAACUAGAGUACAUAGAUUGGUGAAUAUUGUUGGAGGAUCAGCUAAACGGAGUGAUCUUAUUCGAGAGAAUCAAAGAUUGAAAAUUCUUGAAUCACACUCAGUAUUGGUGAAAUAUCAAGCGGACGAGGUUUCAAUCAAGAAAUUACUCUUCAGCGUCCUGGGGAUACACGUUGGGACUCUCACUAUAGUUGUUUAA